AUGUUUUUGACUGCUGAAAUCAAAGAACGUCUAACGAAGGCUUUUUCAUCUUUGCAGGAAAAUGUCCCCAAGGGUAAGCUUACUCAUUCUGCAGAAAUCCAAGCAUUCCAAAAGUACUUUGAAACUGUCUAUAACCUAACGAACAUCGUUGACACUGUUUGUUAUGCAGCCCCAAUUUUAAAAGAAAAAUUUGAAAAGCAGAUUGCCAAAAGAAAAUCUCUCAAAACUGUAAAACCUGAAUUGAAAUAUGACUUGGCUUUUGAGUGCGAACCACCCAAAUUCCCAAAGUUACCCAGUGCAGAUUUUGCUUUGUCAUUUUUCCCCCCUUACCCUUACUGGUUCACGUGUGGGAACAUUUUUAACAUACUAAAAAAUGACCAACAAAAGCUUGCAAAAAGAGUAGUUGCUACCAAACAUACCUUAGACAGUUUCAAAGGCUUCCUUCACUUCGAUUUAUCUGCAGUGAGAAUUACUUCUCCGGCAUGUGAAGCUGUCGAAAGGAAGAUGGUGAAGAAAGAAAAACCUGUGGCGAAGGCUAGUUCGACUACUGCUUCCAAACCAACUGCCUCUUCGAGCCAGGGAGUGCCUUCUGGUGCCGCUCCAGAAAAAAUGAAAAAGGGUUCAAAGGGUAGUGGCAAGCCUCCCUUGACACCCAAGAAAAGAAAAACUCCUCCUGCUAAUGUCAUUCUUCUCGAAGAUGAUGAAGAGGAUACUCCUCCUACUCCACUUAAGAAGAAACAGAAGAAGAAUAAGGCCACAGUUUCCCCUUUCCAACCAAAUCAACAACAGGGUGUCGAAACCACCAUUCUCCCUCCUCUUCCAAAGAAAACUCCAUCCCAACCCUCUAGUGCUGCAGAGCUGGAGCGUUUUGGGAGCAAUGCCUCCGAUCCAGAGGUCCAACCGGACAAAGCCACCACUCCCCUCAUUUCUAUUGCCAAUCAAAGCGAUCCUUCGAGUGGUAUGAAUCCAUCUCCUCCUCCGACAGUCAACGAUGGUAAAAGGGAUUCUAAGCACGUUGACGAGAAGGACUCAACAGGGAAAGAAAACUCUGAGAGUACUCCUAGUGAUUCUCCCACCAGGGUUGCGUUCCCUUCAAAUGAUGCUGAUGAGGACGAUCAGGAUUCAGACGAAAUUGAGGGGUAUUUUCGAGAAGAUGAAGACAUAAAUAUGGCAGAAGCUGAUGCUGAGGGGAAUCAAACUGGAACUAGUAAUGCCAGCGUCGAUACGGUCUCAAGUCCCACCAAAGUUCGACCAUCUAUCACCCAAACUUCACCGACACCACUUACUGAGGAAGAGAAAAGAUAUUUAAAACAAAAUGAUCCCCUCAAGUAUGUGAGGUUAAUGAUGGCUCAAAGAGAUUCUUCUUCAGAGCAAAGUGUUUCUGGAGCUUCGACCCAAUCUGGUGCUAGUGCAAACGAAGCAUCACAUGACGAAAUCCUUCAGCGGGUGAAGAAGGCAGUUUUUGACGUAAAUCUCUUUGAUGAGUUAAAGAAUAAUAUGGGGGUAAGCUUUAGCAUAAAGAAGCUGAUAAGCAAAAUUAACAUCACUGCUUGCCCCACUGAUGUAGGUGAAGCCCUUAUUGAUAUUCAAAACCUCAUUGACCAAGUGUGUGCUGAAUAUCAUAGGGAGGUAGAUGCUAAAGCUAAGCUUCUAUCGACUGAAAAAGCUCAAGCCAUUGAAUUUGACAAUGCCCUUCGAACUUCACAAGCUUCUGAGGAGUUAACCACUUCCAAAAAAUCAGGCCAAGCAGAGUUCGACACUUACACUGCUUUGAUACGCCUCUGGGAAUCUCAUAUUGCAGAAUUGCAGCAAAAGAUUUCUGAUGCUAAGGCGAAGCAGGCUGCUAUCCGAGGAUUGGAUAGUACUGAAGCUGAUGAUCUGGCGAAGCAAAACGUGGACCACGUCGAAAAAGCUACGGCUAUGAACGAAGAUAUUACACGCCUCAGAGGAGUUCAAGCGGCCGUUCAGUAUAAGAUUGGCUUGGCGAAGAGGAAAUAUGAUCGAAUGAGGGCCACUAUUCCUUUUUGA